AUGAUCACACCGGGUCCCGAGUUGAGAGCUCGAGACAUCGAUCCGGGUAGCUAUAUCAACAGUGUCCUCAGCGGGAUAGGGAGCGGUGUGUCGUCCUACAUUGCCUCGGGCGUCCCUCAAUUCUUCCAAGACUUUCCGACUGGCGACUCGGUAGAAAGUUCGUUAGGAAUCGGUGAUGAUGAUUUAGCAGCAAAGCCAACUCAGGUGCUGAAUGUGCCCGGGUACGCAAACUGGACAGACCUGGGAUGGAAUGUGCGAGUACAUGGGAAUGUGUUCAAGCAGCCAGACAUCUCGCAAGGCAAAGUGGACGAUCUCGCCAACAAGUUCCUCAUCGACGUCGAUAUCAACGACUUGCCUACGAGUCAACAAGAGCAAGCGAGGAACCUGACGAGGGAAAUUUUUGUUGUCCAGCAAGGGCAUCUAAAUGUCACGAUCAACUUUGAAAACGACGUCUCAGUGGAGCCAGAUGCCAGUGGUGGUGUCAUUAACGCUCAAGGAGGUGCACAAAGUGUCCAGCUGCCAUAUGAGACAACGGCCCAGGGAGAUUUCGAUACCUUCAUCGCCCUCCGCAAUACCUCAGGACCAAACGGUGGCUACUUAAUACGCGGCAAUGAGACAUCCUCGAUUCAAGCACUGAACAUGUACGCAAAUGGAACUGAUACAGGCAACGCCACCGCAUACUUGGUACCGCCUACGGGCCUAACAAUUAUAUCCGACAUUGACGACAUCUUGCGUAUAACGAAGAUCUACGUUCCAAAGGAGGGUCUGCUCAACUCAUUCGCACGGCCGUUCACUCAAUGGAUAAAUAUGCCUGAGAUAUAUGCGAAUUGGUCGGCUAGCAUCCCGGAUUUCCACUUCCAUUACUUGACGACAACGCCCGAGCAGGUGACUCGCAACUACAUGGAAUUCAUUUACAAAACAUACCCCUUAGGCUCUUUCGAUACGAGGCCACUGAACUUCAGUGACGUCUCUGCCACACUGCAGAUCCGCCGCUUCCUCCUCGACAAGAUUUUCCAGACUUUCCCGCAGCGCAAGUUUGUCCUGAUGGGCGACACGACAAACUCGGACGUCAUGAAAGCGUACCCGGCACUCGCCAAGGACUAUCCCAACCAAGUUCAGUGCAUCUUCUUGCGAAACACCAGCUCAACCGACGAUGCGGACUUGUUCCCCUACGACACAUCUGGCUUCGAGGGUCUUGACCAGAAAACGUACAUGUUUUUUAAUGUGCCUGAUGACCUGAGAAACCUUGAUGUGGUGGGCGGUGAUUGCUAUAAUACGAGCGUUGUUCAGAACGUCACGUUCGGGUACCAGGGGUACGGCUUUGGAAACUCUGCUGGACGAACCUGGUUCAGUGGUAGCUCGCUCUUGGCUGUAGUGACAUUCUGGGCCGCACUGGUGCUUCUCACUUCAUAA